CCCAAAAGCUGUCAAAUAGUUUUGAAAAAAUGUCGGCACAAGGCAAGCACGUGGAGGUUGAAGAAGAAAAACCAGAAUCAAAAAGUGAAUUAAAACCGUCGAAAAGUGGUUCAGUAUUGUUUCCCAACGAAAACAAAUAUUCACACAUUAAAAAUAAGUUAGUAAGAAGCCAACAAUAUCAGAAAACAAAAAAGGAACAAAAGAAGGCAAAGAAAUUAGCGAAAAAAGAACGAGAGAGGGAAGGUGGACCUAAAAAAGUACCGCACACACUUGAAACUUUAAGAGUAAAAGAUGAAACUACAGUUGAGGACGUUAAUACUGAAGAAAAUGAAUUGGUCAGAAACGAUUUUGACAACGACGAAUUCAGCGAGUAUUACCAACAGUCCUACGAACCUAAAGUGCUUAUCACUUAUGCUGAUAAUCCAUUGCGGAAAACCCGAAUUUUUGGCCGAGAGUUGACUAGAAUCAUUCCAAAUUCAGUCUCCUUGUACAGAAACAGGUCAGGUGUGAAAAAAAUUGUCACGAGCGCUAUAAAACGAAAUUAUACUGAUAUUCUCGUCAUUAAUGAAAAUCGCCAUGAGCCUGAUGGAUUACUUGUUAUUCAUUUACCCAACGGUCCUACAGCGCAUUUCAAACUUUCCAACGUUAAAAUUACAACAGAAUUGCGUAAAAAUCACAAAGACAUUAAUGACCAUAGACCUGAAGUCAUUUUGAAUAACUUUUCAACAAGAUUGGGGAUGACAGUUGGAAGAAUGUUGGGAGCACUGUUUCACUACGAGCCAGAAUUUGUGGGGCGCAGAGCGGUCACGUUUCAUAAUCAACGUGACUAUAUAUUUUUUAGACAUUACAGGUAUGAGUUUGAUAAAGAUGGCAAAAAGGCGAGGUUGAUGGAAUUGGGACCUAGGUUUACUUUGAAGUUGAGGUCAUUACAGAAAGGCACAUUUGAUAGCAAGUAUGGACAGUAUGAGUGGAUUAUUGAAGGACGGAGACAUGCCAUGGAAACUAGCAGGAGAAAGUUUUUCUUGUAAUUUAUUUGUAGAAGUAAUAAAAAAAUGUAUGGCAUCA